AUGAAGCUUAAUUUACAAAUUCCACUUGUGAUGUUGAUUUUAAUCAAUAUAGAAUAUGGUCUAUCAUUGAAGUGUUACACAUGCGGUUUCUGUUCAAUACCAUUUGAUCCACAAUCACCAUUAGUUUAUCAACAAGAAGAUUGUAAAUGGUGUGCAAAAAUUAAUAUAAAGGGUAUACCCUUUCCACAUAGACUCUGUGCAGCUGAUUGUGGAUUUGAUUACUGGAAAAGAAAUUUUACUUCCUUUAG